GGGGAUGGAGCUAAUUGGUGUAAUUAGGGAAUGAGGAAGUUGUCUUAUGGAGACAAGUAAAACCCAUUCGGUUUAUUUAGGCCAAGGGGAGGUGAGGCUUCACUCUCAACGCCUUGGGUUGGGAAUACACUUAGAAAGAGACUACUUGAGCCCCUGAACAAUUAAGCCUGUAGAGAACCAUAAGCUCUUCCGCGGUGCCCCACUCCCUGUUCGCCAUCGGGGAAGAUGGCGGCGCGGCCCUCCCGCUCGCCGUAGCCCCGGAGGACCGCCGGCCGCGCCGCUCUGUCCCCGUGUCUCUAUGGCCUCUCAGCCCAUGGGCCCCGACCCGGCGCUGGCCUCGUGUGGCGCUCUACCCACCCCAACGUCUCGGUGGUGGUUCUAGGCGGCGGCACCGCCGUCUCGGUGUCCGGGCGGAGGGCGGGCCUGGCGGAGCCAUGGCGGCCGUGCGGGGCCUGCGGGUCUCGGUGAAGGCGGAGGCGGCGGCGGAGCCCCGCGGCCCGGAGCCUGAGCCUAUGGAGGUGGAAGAGGGCGAGCUGGAGACCAUCCCUGUGAGGCGCUCGCUGCGGGAGCUCGUUCCGGACACAAGUAGGAGAUAUGAAAACAAAGCUGGAAGUUUCAUUACUGGAAUAGAUGUAACCUCCAAGGAAGCCAUUGAGAAGAAGGAACAAAGGGCAAAGCGCUUUCAUUUUCGAGCUGAAGUGAAUCUGGCCCAGAGGAAUGUGGCUCUGGAUCGGGACAUGAUGAAGAAAGCAAUUCCUAAAGUGAGAUUAGACACAAUUUACAUUUGUGGAGUGGAUGAGAUGAGUACACAGGACAUCUUUGCCUAUUUCAAGGAGUAUCCUCCUGCUCAUAUUGAGUGGUUAGAUGAUACAUCAUGUAAUGUGGUCUGGCUUGAUGAAGUAACAGCAUCACGGGCUCUGAUUAAUAUGAGUUCCUUACCUGAUCAGGAGAAAACAAAAAGCAGAGAAAACAAUGAAGAGAAGACAGCUGAAAAAGCCAAGAAAGAAAAACAGGAAGAAAGUUCUGAUGAUGAGACAGAAGAAGGCGAGGUUGAGGAUGACAAUCCAAGUGAUGUUGAGUUGGAUGCCCUCUCCCAGGUAGAAGAGGAUUCUCUCCUGCGUAAUGAUCUUCGCCCUGCCAAUAAACUGGCUAAAGGAAACAAGCUAUUCAUGAGAUUUGCUACUAAAGAUGAUAAGAAAGAGCUGGGAGCUGCAAGGCGAAGCCAGUAUUACAUGAAAUAUGGCAAUCCCAACUAUGGAGGCAUGAAGGGGAUUCUUAGCAAUUCUUGGAAACGAAGAUACCAUUCACGCCGAAUCCAUCGGGAUGUGAUAAAGAAAAGGACACUUAUUGGGGAUGAUGUUGGCUUGACUCCUCCUUAUAAACAUCGUCACUCAGGCUUAGUAAAUGUUCCCGAAGAGCCUAUUGAGGAGGAAGAAGAAGAGGAAGAAGAUCAGGAUAUGGAUGAAGAUGACAGAGUUGUGGUAGAGUACCGUGAUGAGUUGCAAGCUUUCAAGCAGUCCCGAGAGCGCAGUGCAGCCCGAAGGUCGAGUGCUAGUGCAUCUGACUCUGAUGAAAUGGACUAUGAUCUUGAACUGAAAAUGAUAUCAACACCCUCUCCCAAAAAGAGCAUGAAAAUGACAAUGUAUGCGGACGAGGUGGAGUCACAGCUGAAAAAUAUUAGGAAUUCCAUGCGAGCAGAUAGCAUAGCAACCAGUAACAUCAGAAACCGGAUUGGCAAUAAAGGAUCAUCAGAGAAGGUGGCAGAUGUGAGACUACUGUUAGAAGAAAAACGGCAGAACAACAGUGGGCCACGUCAGCCAAACAGCACUGUAAAAUCAGAUGUGCGGCGAAGACUGGGGAAAAGACCACGUUCUCCAGAAGCUAAACCUCCAAGUAGUACCUCUGCUCCUCGUCGAGAACCGAUAUCAGAUGUCCACAGCCGGUUAGGAAUCCCCAAACAAGAUGUUAAAGGCCUCUACUCUGAUACCAGAGAGAAAAAAUCAGGUAAUUUAUGGACCCGAUUAGGGUCUGCUCCGAAGGCACAAGAAAAGACUUCAGAUAAACCUGAAAACUCUGUGGCAGCUCCAGAGGAGGAUGACUCAGAGCUCCAGCGGGUUUGGGGUGCUCUCAUAAAGGAAAAAGAACAGUCUCGGCAAAAGAAGAGUCGGUUGGAUAAUUUACCAUCUCUACAAAUCGAAAUCAGCCGAGAAAGCAGCUCGGGAUCAGACUCGGAGUCAUGAUCGGGUUUACAUUCAGAUCCUCAACGUUAGGACUCUGCAGUGUGGCAAGAUUUCCUUUGCCCAAAACCUGGACACUGGCAAAGACUCUGCAGUGAAGGUUCCAGAAGCGUCUCUGCUCCUUUUAUACAAACCAGAGAUGCAACCACCACUUGAAACCUAAAGCAAUCACGUUUGUCUGGAGUCUGUGGGUGGCCCUGUGUUACGUAGGGCAUUGUCAUAUAUGUUUAUUACAGCAAACCUGUAGUUAAUUCUAGCAAAACACCUUCUCCCCCCACCCCAAGCUUUGAACUUAAGAGGCAGAGAUGCUCUGUAUUUUUAAGAAGACCUUUUUUGUUCUUAAUAUUUUUAACAUGGAGGCUUUUAACAACGUAUUUUACACAGUUCUUCCAAAGAACAGGGCAUUUCAGAAUCAACAUCAUUGCCUUGCCCUUCUGGCUCUUACCAGCACCUUUCCUUUCCUCUUGAGGUAAUAACAGUAGUGCUUCCUGGGUGGGCAGCCAGCAGGGAUAAGCUUGAAUGGGGCUAUCAUGUUCCCUUCCUCCAAAAUACUGGAGGUAAAUUGGAAGUAAAACGUUUUGGUACAGUGGAAUUUCACAUAGUAUCCAAGUAGCAUCACAGCUCUCGAGGAAUCCUCCUCCUUUCUUUUGGUGAUACUAUGUUCUGCUGUAGUAGGGAUUGAGAGAUGUUCAAGACUGCAAAGUUGGAGGUUUGAGAACUGUGUAAAUUGCCAAGGGUUUAAGUUUUUGUUGUUGCUGUUACACAAUGAGAAAUUGCAUUUCUUUCAUUUCCUCUGUGUUACGUUUUGAAGAAAUCUAACAACUGAGAAGCAUCCAUUUUUCUACUUGUGAGGAUUUUCCUGUUGGCCACGGUGAAAGCUAUAGUAGUGUUUUCCUACGUGCUGUUUAACUAUAUAUAUAUAUAUAUAUAACUGAAAGAGAAAAGGAAAACUCGAGGAUCACUGUCUCAUGUCAAUAUUUUUGGGUGUUCUUCUUGUAUAGUUCAUGUGGAUGUGGACAUGGUUGACUUGUUACAUUCAGCUUUUUUACCUGCAUCCCCUCUGUAGGUAGGAAAAAGGUUUGGUCAGUGUGCAACUGUAGUUACUUUAUUUCUUGUUGCCUGUGGCAUUUAUUUGGAUUGCCAGUGGUUUGAAAUAAGGAAUGAUGCAGCACAUCACAGUCUGGUAAACACAACAGGUAGCAAAACCAUUGUCUGCUACAUUUGGGUAAGCUGAAAAUCUCUUUGUGUUGUCCCUGUUUCCUAUGUUCUCAGUCCAAAAUGUCUCUGAAUCUCUCUUCUCCUUCCUGCUUUUUAACAGACACGUUUUAUCUUUUCCAUCCCUGUUUUUUGUACUAAGUUGAAGUAAGUUUGAGGCUUCCCAAAAGCAAGGAAUCUGCAAUUAACUUUUCUUACUGCUUUAUUAUGUUUAAGAAUAGCAGCAUGGGAAACAAAAGGCAAAAUGAAAGGUACAGUGACUAGAAGGUAACUGGGGACUGACUGGGCUUCAGGCCUUUUUAUUUCCUUGUUUUGUGACACUUAUCCUUGGUUUUCUAUUUAAUUACUGACUAUAUAAAUAUGUCUCAUAAAAGUCCUGUUGAGAGUAAAUGAUUGCAAUGUCUGAUCACUGUAAGAAUUCAUUUUAACGUGUGCUUUCAUCAAUACCUCUUCCAAAGCUUUCAAAUAGAAUCAUACCCAUUUCUCAACAUCCUGAUAAAAUUUAUUUAACCAGUCUCUUUUUGCCAGUAAACCUUUGUUGUGUUACUGCUUUGAAUCCAUUGUGACCUUCCCUUUUCCCAUUAUGACCUUCCCUUUUCCCAUUAUGACCUUCCCUUUUCCCAUUAUGACCUUCCCUUUUCCCAUUAUGACCUUCCCUUUUCCUGAGAGGAGAUGGUAGAAACGAAUCAUGCACCUACUCUUGAAAACAGGUUUCUGUGUUGUCAGGAACCCUUGCAUGUGUUUAAGCUCAGCCACAGGUUGUGCUCUAGUGUGGAUGUUGCUGAUAACCACUGUGUUUCCAUGUGGAUACUCAUAACUUGAGCCUGGUGAAGGGCAGACUGACUGUUGUGAAAGGCAGAAUGAUACCAAAGAUUGAACUCCUGGAUGUGUGAAAUCAAGAAAAGCAAUGUAGGCAAAGGCUUUGUGUUUGAGAAAGAGGAGCUGUUAACGCUGCUUCUCUCUUCCAGGUAGUCAUAAAUACACCUUAAAAUGACUCCACAUUAGUUGGGUCAGUCAUAGUUAUGGUUCAAAGAGAGAGUUUUGUGUGUUAAUGACACCACAGUAGCUUAGCUGCAAGAAAAAUAGAGGUUUACUGUUAAAGAGACCUAUAGAGAGGGGUUUUUCUACUUGUUUGCUUCGUUUUGCUUUCAGAUGAUGCACAGAGAAGCCUUAAAAAGUGUUUUCUGUUAUCAGGAAUUCUAACUUUGGCCUUCCUUAGUUCCCUGCACACGAACUGCUGGGUUUUGCUCAUUCAAAAUGAGCACUGAAUCUUCAGUGAGUGCUAUAUCCUCGACACAGUUAACUCCAAUCUGUUUGACCUGGAGAGAGAUUGCAUGGAGAAUUGUGUUGUGAGUCCCCUUCUGUCGCACUAAAAUGAACUUAGGUUGAGAAUUGCAAGCAGGAGAAGUUUGGCUUUUGCUGGAGGGAAAAGGGGGUCUGAAUUUUGGGGGACUCUUCACAGUACCACAUAAUCCUUCCUCUGGGGAGGUUUCGCUGUUUAAAAAGGAUCUUUUGGAUUUUGUGGGGUUUUUUUGCUCUGUAAGGUGACUUGCAUUGUGUAGAAGAAAUGGUUGUGGAAGCUGCAGGCUCUGUGCCUGCAGCUGCCCUCAGGCAGGCUCUCAAUGUGCGACACUGAUGUGAGACUUGAAAGAGAGGGCUUUGCUUUUCUUCUCGAAGAUGAUGGCCCAUGUGUUUAACAGAGAAAAGGAAAGCAAAAUAAACCCCUUAUUUUCAGUUCAAGAUGACCUUAUAAUGUGAAAAUAAUGAAUCCUUUAUUUAAGCAGCUGUUCUGAUCCAAAUAAAAGUGGUCUGGAAUCAUGCUGACCCAUCCCAAUUUGCUGGAACACAGAUGAUACAGAGCAGUGCUGCAUCAAUUCACAGUGAGGAGCCUGCCCUGAGAGGGACUUGUGCCUUUCUGGGGGCAAGAUCAUGGAAUCCCAGAAUCCAAGGUUGGAAGGGACCUCGGGGAUCAUCUGGUCCAAGCUUUCUAGCCUUUAAAUACUGGAACACCAUGACAAGAUCUCCCCGAGCCGCCUUUUCUGCAGGCUGAACAAACCCACCUUUUCCGGUCUUCCCUAACACGCUGCUUGGAUCAUCUUUGUGGCCCUUCUGGACCCUCUCCAGCCUGUCCACACCUUUUUGCAUAGAAGGGACCAAAACUGACCGUGGUAUUCCAUGUGUGGCUUGACAAACACUGCGUGGGACAAUGACACCUUUCUCUGCUGGUGAUGCCCUUAUUGAUGUCCCUCAGCAUCCCCUUGCCUUGCUCUGCUGCAUCUGCACACUGUUCACCCACAUUGAUGGGGGUCCCCACUUCGAGGUGCAGCCUGUCCCAUCCCAGCCGUGACGACCCCAUUCUCCUGCCUCCAACUGAGCAGAGGGACGCCUAAAAUCAGGGUCCCACCCGCUUGGCGAUGCUCAAAGGAGCUCCAAGACCCGGCUCCCUCCCCUGCCCCGCUGCAGGAAAUGGAUGCCUCCACACACCCUGGCCUUGCUGCAGCAGUGGGCCGGACAUGGAGGCGGGAAGCGGCACCGGGACCACGUUAAGAGUGGCCGGGAACCGCGUUGGGACCGCUGCGAGCGGCUCCUCGCAGAAAGAUGGCUUGAAGUAAAAAAGAGCCUGGCUUUCCAGAUGAAGGUGACAUAGGGAGUAGGCUGCUCUUUGGAGAUGGCCCUAAUGUGAAGGUGAUGUUAUAGCUCUCCACAAGUCCUGCAGAAGGCAGUGAGACAGCAAAAGCAGGAGAUUCCUCUGGGUGUUUAUGCUGAGAACAUCUUGUCUGAGGAAGAAGCAAUCCAGUAAAACACGUGCGUGAGCUUGGGGACUAGUGUUUGUAAAGACCAUGUCUUUUUCUGCCCUAAAAUGUUAAGAAAUGAUAACAGUUACACUGUUUUGAUGACACAUACAUUAAAAUCCGAUCUCAAAACAAA